UCUCGUGCUCGCUAGCAGAAGGAGCGAGGAUCUGAGGCUGAGGCGCGCGGCUCCAGCACGCGGGAACGAGCAGCGCCAAACCGGACACUUCACCCAGGAAACAUGGAGGCCGCGGCCGAGGAGAUGCGGCCCGGUUCCCGGAUUCCGAUCACCACCGAACAGAUAGUGAAUGACACACUGGUGGUGACGCACCGAGACAGGAGCUACACCGGGAUUUUACUUGAUAUCAACAAAAAAACGAUGGGGGUGAAGGUGCCACGUCCGCGCUGCUUCUUCGACAUCGGCAUCGGAAAUACACUCGUCGGCCGCGUGGUGUUUGAGCUUUUCUCCGACGCGUGUCCCAAGACGUGCGAAAACUUCCGCUGUCUCUGCACAGGUGAGAAGGGGAUUGGGAAGACGACGCAGAAGCCUUUGCACUAUAAGGGCUGUCUGAUCCACAGGAUAGUGAAGGAUUUCAUGAUCCAAGGAGGAGACUUUAGUGAAGGGAAUGGCAGAGGUGGUGAAUCCAUAUAUGGAGGAUUCUUUGAAGACGAGAGCUUCUCCAUGAAACAUAACAAGGAGUUCCUGCUGUCAAUGGCGAACCGAGGCAAAGACACCAACGGCUCACAGUUCUUCAUAACUACAAAACCUACACCUCAUCUGGAUGGAAUUCAUGUGGUGUUUGGUCAGGUGAUCUCGGGCCAGGAGGUGAUCCGGACCAUCGAGAGUCAGAAGACGGACACCAACAGCCGACCGUAUGCGGAGGUCAAGGUGCUCAACUGCGGAGAGCUCAUCCCCAAAUCCAAAGCCAAGAAGGAGAAAAAGAAGAAGCAGCAGUCGUCCAGCGAGAGCAGCGACGACUCCUCGUCCUCCUCGGACUCUUCUGAGGAAUCCGAGGCGUCUGACAAGGAGGACAAGAAGCACAAGAAGAAACAUAAGAAGGAGCAGAAGAAGAAGAAGAAGGAGCAGAAACAUAAGAAGAAAAAAGAGAAGGGGUCCAAUGAUGAGGAAGAAGCCAAGGAGACGGAGCCUCAGCAGCCCGUUUCGUCGAUCCGUCCAGAGGAAGUCCCGCCCGUCCCGGAGAACCGCUUCCUGAUGAGACGCAGUCCACAGCCUCAGCCUAAAGAGGAGCAGGGGAAGGACAAACAGAAGGAGAAUUCUGGGAAAGAGCGGCAAAGGGAACGGGAGAGGGACAGAGAACGAGACCGAGAGAGAGACAGGGAGAGACCCACGAUGAACUCACGACCAAAUCGCACGCGUCUGGUGAUGACCCGAUCCGGCCGGAGAAUUAAAGGAAGAGGACCCAGGCGCUAUCGGACUCCGUCGCGCUCUCGCUCUCGUUCCUGGGAUCGUUUCCGGCGCAGCGAGACUCCUCCACACUGGAGACUGGAGAUGCAGAGGACCCAGAAGGCCAAACCUAAUACACAUACCACACAGGAGCGCUGGAUCAAAGGAGACAAAGGGGAUGCGUCUCAGGAGAAGACUGAAACCACAGAGCAGCCGGAGAAAGAGAAAGCUGACCCCGAGCAGCCGCGAGAGAGGAAGGACUCUGAGCGAGAGAAGAAAGGCACCAAGAGGAACAAGUCAAGCAGCCCAGAUAAAGGACGAGAGAAGAGCGGAAGACAGCGCUCCAAGAGCCAGGAGAGGGACAAGCGGAAAAAAUCAGACGGAGAAGCGGAAAAGAGAAAGGGGCGCAGUCGCAGCAAGAGCAAGGAGAAGAAAGGAGAGGAGGAUCAGAAACGCAGCAGAACAGAUGACAAAAGCGGCCAAUCGAGCAGCAAGGACAGGAAAGACAAAGACGCAAGAAAGGACGGAGAGGACGGCAAGAGCAAGGAGCGACCUAAGCAGUCCGAGAGAGACGCGAGGGACAAGAGGGAUGACUCCAAGAAGACAAAGAACGGAGAGACUCGGCGUGAAGGAUCACGAAGCCGCGAAAGAGAGCGCGACGUCAGGAGGCGGUCCAGGUCCCGGUCCAGGUCCCGUUCCAGAUCAAGAGGCCGUGGCAAGCGAGACAGGUCACGCAAUAGGGGACAGUUCAAGCGACGAAGCAGCAGCCGGGACAGGAAGUCGCGUCGAUCGAAAAGCAGGGAUCAAAGAGACCGUGGCCGAGAGCACGGGCGAGACCGCGAGGACGGGGAGAGGAAGAAGAGCGACGCUAAAUCCGACGACUCGAAGGGCAAAGAGAGCCGAGCGAGAGACCAGAGCUCUAAAGAGUGGUCCAGUCAAAAACGCCGGAGCAGAGAGAGAAGCGCCAAACGGAGACGUGCGAAAAGCAGCAGCUCGGACAGCGACGCGGACAAGCGCAGAAAACAAGGGAAGAGCGAGAGCCCCAAACCCAGAGAGCGAGCGAAAGACAAAUCACGCAGCCCCAAGAAGGAUCACAAGAAUGAGAAAAAGGACUCGAGCGACAGUGACAGUGACUGAUUCUCCCAUGACCUCCACAUCCUCCGAACACCUCAUCCAGUCUUGAGAACUACUGACACACCGAUCCCACGUGUCACCUUCCAACACCAUCACGAGGUCCGAGCUCAGAGCGCCGGCUGAUAUCACACUCAUCCAAGACGGACUUUAUUCUUUUUCUUUUCUUUUUAAAACUCGACCGUUUGGAAAACUUGGGUUUCUCUUCAUCCCAAAUGUAGCUUCGCAAAGAUAUGUUUGAUUUUUCUGGCGUUUGCUUCUGUGUAGCUAGCAAGUUUAUUAAUUAGCUAGCAAGUAAAAACUUCAGUCCCAUGCUUUGGCUGCCUGGAAACCGAACCGAAUCAGCUUUAAAAAAAAAAAAAAAAAAAAAGAGGUGGGUAACCAAAAACAAACACACAAAAGCAGAGAGCUAUUCAGCUAGUUAACUAAUACAGACACGAACGUGUGUAAAUUCUCCCAAAGAGGCCAACGGCAUCAUCCUUCUCCAACAAAAUGUCCGAGGUAGCACAGCGUGUUUGCGUCUUCGGUUAAGAAUCUACUAGGCCGUUGGCCGACGUCUCGACUUUUAGCCGCGGUGUUCUGUCCUCGCGUCACAAGUAAAAAAAAAACCACACACACAGGGUUUGUGAAAAGCCCGGACCCAACGAGAGUAAUAUGUAACAUAUACUUUAAUUUUGUAUUUAUGAUAAACAUCCUAUGCUGUAUACGUUCACCCUUACACUCUAUGCAUUUUCUCAGCAGCUGUAUCAUAUUCUUGCGGAUUUUGCUCAGCAUAAUUGGACUAACAUAUUUGCUCAGGAUAUUCCUGUCGGUUCCGGACUUUUCGAACUCCCUGUGUAUUCGCUGUGAUGUGAUAAAGGAUGCUAGCCAGAGUCUAUUUAUUUUUCCUAGAUGUCUUUAAUCAUGAGGCGACCGACUUGUACUGCUGUAGUAGCAGGAGAGUUAAAUUGAACGACGGCUUUACGCUGCACCUUUUCUCCUUUUCGUUUCGUCAGCGUUUACGCAUACCUACACGUCGAUGUCACUCGUGCAUGCAAAUUAACCCAACCGGCGUAGUCCAGCAGGUGUGGGAUUCAGGAGAAGUCGUACCCACUCUAGUUACAACAGCGAGGUCUGUCACAACACCGUGAAUUACAUCGGGGUUGGUUUUUUUUUUCUUUCUCCACCCCUCCCCCUGGUUGUUGUGAGAGAGAGAAGAAAAGAAGCACUGCCAACUGCGUACCUACUGAGCCUACGUGUCCCCUGGACAACUGUGAAUAAAAACCCAAACAGCCAGGACACCCAUACAUCUUCCUACUGAUUAAUUCGCCUCUUAUUUUAUAUAACUCCGCUUAAUACGUUGAUAGAGAUGCUCUGUCCCUGCUAUUUUACACAGUUGUUUGUUUUAGAAUGAAGUUAGUCGGCUUGACGAUGCCGUUUCAUUGACGCACAUGUAGAUAUGAGGGUGUAUUCAUGCAAAAGACUGGAAUUGCAUGUUAGUUACGUAGCUCCAGAAAAUAAAGAAGCAAACAUCAGACCCAAACACAUCCUGGUUGAUUCGACUACAUUUGGGACUUUUUGCGUUUUAAGAACGGUAGCUGUAUCGAUAAAUCUAUCUCUGCUUUGGAUUUAAACCGUUCUCUCCGAAGAGCCGAUCUCGUCUCGAAUGAAACAGGACUUCAUUGUCAUUUCAACGAGUGGGCUGAAUUCGAUGUCUGAUCUCGGUCUUCAAAAAUAAACCAGUCGUGAUUUUGUACCAGACAUGACGACGCUCAGCCACGUCGGCCUUUCGCAGGCAAGACCGGACGUCCCUGGAUUAGCCUUUUUAAACGAUUAGCGACGUGCGUGAAGAACCAAGAGGCCGUGAUUCAGAGGCCGGUGGUUCCUGAAGUAAACCGGUGGUUGUCUGUCUGUUGUUUUCUCUUCUUUCCUCCACGCUGUUUGCAGGAGCUGUAUUUCAAGCUGGAUUUAAUUUUAGCUAGUGUAAAAUGAUGGAUGGAUUGAUGAUUGUGCUUUUCCUUAAGUCCUUCAUGAGCUAUGUCGCUGUUCUGCUCGGUGUUCAGUGUGAGAGACAGGAUGGGAAUUUCGAUUUUUGGAGUUUUAUAUGGGGUUUUAUGUUUGUAAUAACGUCCACAUGCGAGUGUCGGUCCUGUUUGGAAAAUUAAACCCGAUUCUGAAAAUAA